GGGAGCCCGAGCCCCGGCCGGCAGCGCCGCCUCCCCAGCGCGUCCCGCCGCGGCCUGGUUCCCUCCCACCCAAGAUGGCGGAGAGCCUCCCCGAGCAUGAGCGGAUCCUGCAGGAGAUCGAGAGCACGGACACGGCCUGCGUGGGGCCCACCCUGCGGUCUGUAUAUGAUGACCAGCCAAAUGCACACCAAAGAUUUAUGGAAAAACUAGAUGCUUGCAUACGUAACCAUGACAGAGAGAUAGAAAAGAUGUGUAAUUUUCACCAUCAGGGCUUUGUGGAUGCUAUUACAGAACUUCUUAAAGUAAGGGCUGAUGCAGAAAAAUUAAAGGUCCAAGUUACUGAUACCAACCGAAGGCUUCAAGAUGCUGGGAAAGAGGUGAUAGCCCAAACAGAGGAAAUCAUCCGAUGUAGAAUUCAGCAGAGGAAUAUUACAACAGUAGUGGAAAAACUGCAGUUGUGUCUUCCAGUACUGGAAAUGUACAGCAAACUAAAAGAGCAGAUGAAAGUAAAAAGAUAUUAUUCUGCUUUAAAAACAAUGGAACAGUUAGAAAAUAUGUACCUUCCUAGAGUUAGCCAAUAUCGUUUUUGCCAAAUAAUGAUAGAAAACCUUCCAAAACUGCGUGAAGAAAUUAAAGAAAUUUCCAUGUCAGACCUCAAGGACUUUUUAGAGAGUAUUCGAAAACAUUCUGACAAAAUAGGGGAAACAGCAAUGAAACAGGCACAGCAACAGAAAACCUUUAAUACAGCUCUUCAGAAACAGAAUAAUGUAAACUAUGGGAGGAAUAUGUAUGUAAUUAAUGGCAGAGUUCCAGAACCCAAGUAUGAAAUUACAUCCAAGCGAACACUUGAGGAAGAGGAUGAACACGAAGAAGAGGUUUUGACUGCUCAUGAUCUUGUAGAUUUUUCUCCUGUUUACAGAUGUUUGCAUAUCUAUUCAGUUUUGGGUGAUGGAGAGACAUUUGAAAACUAUUACAGAAAGCAAAGAAGGAAACAAGCAAGAUUAGUUCUGCAGCCGCAGUCAAGCAUGCAUGAAACAGUAGAAGGCUACAGAAGAUAUUUCAGUCAAAUUGUAGGUUUCUUUGUAGUGGAAGAUCACAUUUUACAUGUAACCCAAGGAUUGGUAACUAGAGCAUACACUGAUGAACUCUGGAACAUGGCACUGUCAAAGAUCAUUGCUGUUCUUAGAACCCAUUCAUCAUAUUGCACUGAUCCUGAUCUUGUUUUGGAGCUGAAGAAUCUCAUUGUUGUGUUUGCUGAUACUUUGCAGGGUUAUGGGUUUCCUGUGAAUCGACUGUUUGAUCUUUUAUUUGAAAUAAGAGAUCAGUACAAUGAAACACUGCUUAAAAAAUGGGCUGGGUUGUUCAGGGAUAUUUUUGAAGCAGAUAAUUACAGCCCUAUCCCUGUAGCAAAUGAAGAGGAAUACAAAAUAGUGAUUAGCAAAUUUCCUUUUCAAGAUCCAGAACUUGAUAAGCAGUCCUUCCCAAAGAAACUCCCAAUGUCUCAAUCAGUGCCUCAGAUUUAUAUCCAGGUUAAGGAGUUUAUCUAUGCAAGCCUUAAAUUUUCAGAGUCACUUCACCGCAGUUCAACAGAAAUAGAUGAUAUGCUUAGAAAAUCUACAAAUUUGCUGCUAACAAGAACUUUAAGUAGUUGUUUACAAAAUCUCAUCAAAAAGCCACACAUAGGUUUAACAGAGCUGGUGCAAAUCAUCAUAAACACAACACACCUGGAACAAGCCUGUAAAUACCUUGAGGACUUCAUAACUAACAUUACAAAUAUUUCCCAAGAGACUGUUCACACUGCAAGACUGUAUGGUCUUUCCACUUUUAAGGAUGCAAGACAUGCAGCAGAAGGCGAAAUAUACACCAAAUUGAACCAAAAAAUUGAUGAAUUUAUUCAGCUUGCUGACUACGAUUGGACAAUGUCUGAGUCUGCUGGAAGAGCUAGUGGAUAUUUAAUGGACCUUAUUAAUUUCUUAAGAAGCACAUUCCAAGUUUUUACUCACUUGCCUAAUAACAACAAUGACCAUGCAGCUAUGUCGUUUUUGAAGGCCUGGAUUUCUCAGUGUCUCCUUCAACAGCAGUCCUUUCAGUGCAAGAAAGACUACUGUUUUCUUAAGUGGCAGCAGUCCAAAUUAACCAGACUGCCAACCACUUGGAAGAGUUUCCCUGGGCAAGACUUUGGAUGCUGUUUUGAAAGUGAAAACUACUUUCUUUGCUUUCUGCACAACCAUUGUUUUUAUUUAUUAUUUGCGUUAUGAUAGCAUCUCCAAGCCCCCGUCAUGAAUCAGGGUCUCAUUUUCCUAGGCAUUGUUCAAACACAUAACAAAGAGACAGUCCCUGUCCUGAAAGAGAUUACAGUGGCAUAAGACUUCAAAAAAGUCUUUUUGGCAAUUGGUCACUCAGCAAGAGACUUUUUCUUGGUUUCUCAAGUAGUCUCCCCUGUUAUUUCACCUGUUGCAGAUGAUCUCUAAACCAAGAUGACCCAAGAGGAGGAAGACAGCAGAGAGGCGAUUUAGAUAUCAUUAUGCAGAUAUCAGAAGACGAAAGUUAGUUAAACCAUCACUAGCUCAGUCAAUUGGUUGCGGAGUAUUUUCUGAAGAUCUUCUGGAAACUCCUCAGUUCGAUCAAUUUUUGAGGGUAGACCAUUAUGACAGGUCUCUUGCCCCAACAAAAGAAAGUGUCUAACUUCAAAUGAAGACUAUAAUGGUGUAUUCACAACAAAAAUGUAAUGGCCAACUCCAUUCAAUUGAAUCCCAGCCCAGAUACUAGAUCCAGUAUGCUCAUUUCCAUGCAUGGAGCCAACAGCCAGGAUUGUGGCUGUCAGCCAUGGAAUUCCAAGUUGAUUCAGAAGAAUCAUUAUCUAUUUGAACAUUUGAAGUCCCCAUGACUGAUCAGUCUCAGCAACUCCAGCACCUUUCUAUGUGAAAUAUAUGAGAAUAUGUGCAUCGAGCCAGUCUGUAUGCUAAUACUAGCCCCAUCUUAGCCCCAUCCUGGGAUUCACAGACAAGACUAUCAGAUCUAAUUUGGGGGUUGAAAAUUUCCCAUAUGUGAGGUCAGAGUUUGUAGCCUCAUGCUGAACCAUCAAAUUGUCUGGAGAUAACUGCACCAGCAACAUUAAUAGAAAAUAUUUCUAUAUAAAACGUUCAACAUAUUGGCCAUGCAGGAGGCAUAUAAGAGUGCAGGGAGGGUCAUGCUCAAUCAUGUCUAGAUUGUGAAAGCCUGGGAAUACUUCAGAGGCUUCAGAAUUUAGAGGGAGAGGGCACCUCACAUGAUACUCAAGCACCCCUUCUAGCUGAUGCUCAGACAAGAAUUGAGGAUGAGGAAGUAAAGAAGGAAAUAGGAAUACCCAGAAUUACCCUUGCUCUUGAAGUGAAGAAAUAAAAUGAAUCUUAAAAACCACAGAUUAUGAUUAAUUUGAAUUAAAUUAGUGCUAGAAAUCCCAAAUAACAGGCCUUGUGGUAGGCUUUGGAUGCACACAUAGUAAAAGAGAGCCCCUGCCCUGAAAAGCUUGCAGUCUAAAUAGAGAAGAGCAGAUAAAGCACAAGAAUAAGGAGUUAUAAUUAUCCUGGAUGAAGGUGUAUUCUGGUUCCAUAAAAUACUAGCUUGUUUAGCAGAAAGUUGCCCUACAUUAGAAGAAUCCCAUUUCCUUUUCCUGCACAGAAAAACACAGACAGACUUGUAGCUGAUGUUGCAUGGUGCGGAAAAGGAGGAUUGUGUAGUCCACAGUGCUAGACUCUUGCUUCCUCUUUAAUCUACAUGCUAACACCUACCCUCUCUUUUAAUGGCAAAAAAAUCAAACAAUAUUCAAUCAGCUCCAAUUAACGUAAAAGUCAAUGGCCACAUUUAAAUGUUCAAUUCUUUGUAAUGGAAAGAAUCUCUUUCUCUCUUUCUUUGGUGAAAUCAUCUAGCAUACAUUUAGGUGCUAUAAAUUUACUAAAUCAUUAUACCUGUUAUGUGUCAGUAACGGAGUAUGAGCCUCAACAGGUCACACAAACCAGCUGUGCCCUGGGCUGACUGAUCCAGAGUCGCAGAAGUGGUGUGAUAUGUGCAGCUGAAGAUGCCCUUAUGAGAGGUGUAGAGCAGGUACAUAGUUCGGGUAAAUGAGCUUCCCUUUCUGUUGAAGGAGCCAGCACAUCUCCCAACACCGAAACUCCUUGCUGCUGGAGUUGGAGUAAUCCUAUGUGAUUUGUAAUGGAUCAGGAUCAGGUCUCUUAACCAAUGGUAUGGAGAUGCACUGUCUUUUGGAGCUGUGCAGCCCUUGUGUGUCAUGAAGCUCCUGCUGCCUCUGCUUUGCAGAAGCUACUAGGAUUUGGCCGUAUGAGUUUAUUUUAAUCUUCGGGGGGUUCUCACAUAAAUAUCCUAUAUAAGCUUCACGUUUUUGGUUUAUAAUGUCACUAUACCUAUAAAAAUGUAGGUCCUCAUCCUACAAAUCCAUAUAUAUGUAGCAUCAAGUCAAUGGGAUGGCUUCUGUGAAUAAAAGAUACAGUCUUG